AUGGGUCUACAUGCAAAUAGCCUAGCCACCUUAUUCAGCGUCGCUGCUGUUUCAUUGGCAACUGGCUAUUAUUUGGGUCAAGUCUGCCCGGCUGUAAAAUCGAAAAGGCAACAAGUUCAGGAUACCCUCAUAAAUUGUAAAAAACAGGCAGAAAGGGAAGAAGAAGCAUAUAAAGAUAGUCUUGCGGACGACGAUACCGGAGAUGACGAUGAAUCCGAUGAGGAAGAAUAUGAAAUAAAUUCAUUGUCUUUAAACGACAUACCGGGUGAAGUGCGUAUGGCCCUAGUCAUCCGCCAAGAUUUGGGCAUGCAAAAGGGCAAAGUCGCGGCGCAAUGUUGCCAUGCUGCUCUAGCAUGCUACAGAUUGAUUGCAUCAGAUCCUACGCGGGAUUCUUACAAUCCUGAAAUGACUGAGAGAUGGUUGAGAUGUGGUCAAGCGAAGAUUACUUUGAAAUGUCCAGAUAAAGAAACAAUGGAUGAGCUAUUUGCCAAGGCAAUUUCCUUGGGUGUGAACUCAUAUGUUGUUCAUGAUGCUGGUAGAACCCAAAUUGCUGCUGGAAGUGCAACAGUUUUAGGUCUUGGUCCUGCUCCAAAGGCAGUCAUGGAUCAAAUCACCGGUGAUUUGAAAUUAUAUUAA